AAGCUCGUUUAGAGAAGGGGGUUUGGCUCAGUUGGCUAAGUCUCUCGAAUUCCAGGUGAGAGACUUGGGUUCGAUUCUCAUCAAACUCACCUUGGGAGGAAUCCCCCCUCCCAAGGUGAGUGUUCACCUGACCUAAAAAAAAAAAAAACUCGUUCAUGAAAAAAGAUCAGCUCAAUAAACAAGCUAUUCACGGACGACUCGCAAAUACUUAUAGUGUUCUAAAUAAAUCGAGCUUGAACAGAUUUUUGAGUUCACUUGAAAGCUCGGGGUCGUGCUCAGACUCGCCAAAGUUUAAUAAACUUGAACAUGGACAAGGACUACAAGGUAGUAUUUGGCUUGACUCGGCUCAUUUACACCUCUACACACCCCAUUAAAAAUCUAUAAUUAGACGAUUCUAUAAAGACCCGCCCUAUUUUUUAAUUGGACGGAUCUGACCCAUUUAUCACUAGGGCGGUUCAAGGCUUGGAAUGGGGUUCCAACUUCCAAGGCGUUUAAGGCUUUAACCCAUUGAAGAAUUGCUCUAAUUGUCAAUAACUCAAAAAAAAAAAAAAAAAAAAAAAGGAAGAAAAAGAAAAACCGGAAAACCUGUUUCCCCUCCUCCUCUCUCUCUCAGUUCGUUUUGUCACUGAAGCGCACUUCACGUUCUCCAUUGAAGUGCUUUUGAAUUCCGGUAUCCCCAAUUGAAGCAGCUUCUGAGCUCUCACUAACGAGGUUCUGCAAUUAUGGAGAAACCUGAUAUUGAUAGUACAAUCGUUACUAUGGAAGGAGAGCAGUCAAGUGUUGCUGGAGGACUCCAAAAGCGAGGACAAGAGCGUGUUGUCUAUAAACGUCCUGAGAAAUCUCUUUUAGGGUUAGAUGUCCUUGCUCUUGCAAAACGAAGUGAAUCGAAACAAGAUAUUGGUUUUAAGGUUCCCAAAGAAAGAAUCACUUCUGUUGCUUCAUCUCUUGAUGAAGAGGAGAAGUCAGCUGUGACAGAUGUUGAUGGAGAUGAGACUGUGGAACAUGGAGGCAACAAACGACGGCCCAACAGGAGAUACCGUGAUGCUGCUUUGAGUGGUACUUUUCAAUCAAAAAGUAGUGUAAGUGAAGACCAGGAUGACAUGCAUCACUCUAAAAGAAGCAUCCGUUCUGAAGUCUAUUCAAGAAAUGACAGGGAUAGCUCUCAAGAUAACUCUAGAAGUGAAAGGACUAAAGGUACUCAUAGACAUGGUGCUGAUGGCAAAGACCGGAGUCGUGGUGCAGAACAUGAACGGUAUGACAGAGGCUCUAGUGGUAGGUGGAAUGAUAGAGGCUAUGGUGGUGAAUAUGACAGGAAAAGAGGCAGAUAUGAAGGAUCUAGGAGAACGCCUGGUAGAUCAGAUUGGGAUGAUGGGAGAUGGGAGUGGGAUGAGUCUCCACGUCAUGAUAGUCAACAUAAUUCUAGCAACCGGUAUCAGCCUUCACCAUCCCCUAUGUUCAUUGGAGCAUCCCCUGAUGCGAGAUUGGUUUCUCCUUGGCAAACACCGCGUUCUGGAGCUUAUGCUUCCCCUUGGGAUCAUGUUGCCCCGUCACCUGUCCCUAUUCGAGCUUCCGGCUCCUCUGUGCGAUCUUCUAGUUCUCGGUACGAAGGAAGAUCAAAUAAGCAAAGACGCUCUACUGUCGAUAUACAAAAACUUGAGGAUAUGGAUGCUGAUGGAAGUGCCACAGCUAUAGACCAAAAUCCUGAAAUCACAGAAGAUAUGCGCUUGCAAAUGGAAUACAAUUCAGAUCUCGCCUGGUAUGAUAGAGAAGAAGGCAGCAAUAUUUAUGACAUUGACAAUUCAUCAUUCUAUCUUGGUGAUGAUGCUACAAACCAAAAGAAAGAAGUAGAAUUGGCAAAAAGGCUGAUGAGACGUGAUGGAACUAUGAUGUCACGUGCUCAAAGCAAGAGGCAUUCACAGCUUAGUGCAGACAAGCAACAGUGGGAAGAUCGACAAUUGAUGAGAUCAGGCGCUGUUCGAGGUACUGAGGUUCAAACUGAAUUUGACAAUGAAGAAGAGAACAAGGUUAUUCUUUUAGUUCAUGAUACAAAACCUCCAUUUUUGGAUGGUAGAGUGGUUUUUACUAAGCAGGCAGAACCUGUUAUGCCUUUGAAAGAUCCAUCUUCAGAUAUGGCUAUUAUAUCUCGUAAAGGAUCUGCUUUAGUGCGGGAAAUUCGUGAAAAACAAAGCAUGAAUAAGUCACGCCAACGGUUUUGGGAACUUGCUGGUUCUAAACUUGGGGAUAUCCUUGGCGUUGAGAAGACAGCUGAACAGGUUGAUGCUGAUAAUGCUAAGGUUGGUGAAGAUGGGGAAAUUGAUUUCAAGGAAGAUGCAAAGUUUGCUCAGCAUUUAAAGAAAGACGAAGCUGUGAGUGAAUUUGCAAUGACGAAAACUCUGGCACAGCAGAGACAAUAUCUUCCCAUAUACUCCGUUAGGGAUGAACUUUUACAGGUUAUUCGAGAGAAUCAGAUUGUCGUUGUUGUUGGAGAGACAGGCUCAGGAAAGACAACUCAACUAACACAGUAUUUGCAUGAAGAUGGUUACACUUCAUAUGGCAUUGUUGGAUGCACUCAACCAAGGCGUGUUGCUGCAAUGAGUGUUGCAAAAAGAGUUAGUGAAGAGAUGGAAACUGAGCUGGGAGACAAAGUUGGGUAUGCUAUCCGCUUUGAGGAUGUUACUGGACCCAAUACCAUAAUCAAGUACAUGACAGAUGGAGUACUUCUGCGUGAAACUUUGAAAGAUGCUGAACUUGAGAGAUAUCGUGUCAUUGUGAUGGAUGAAGCGCAUGAGAGAUCACUCAACACAGAUGUGUUGUUUGGCAUAUUAAAAAAGGUGGUUGCCCGACGUCGAGAUUUUAAACUGAUUGUGACUUCAGCAACUCUUAAUGCGCAGAAGUUUUCAAAUUUUUUUGGAAGUGUCCCAAUAUUCCAUAUUCCUGGGAGAACAUUUCCUGUCAAUACCUUGUACAGUAAAACACCUUGUGAAGACUAUGUUGAAGCUGCUGUGAAGCAAGCAAUGACUAUACACAUAACCUCCCCUCCCGGCGACAUCCUUAUUUUUAUGACUGGGCAGGAUGAGAUUGAGACGGCGUGCUAUGCUCUUGCUGAGCGCAUGGAGCAACUAACUUCCUCAACUCAGAAGGCAGUUGCAAAGCUCCUAAUUCUUCCCAUUUACUCACAGCUCCCUGCUGAUUUACAAGCAAAAAUUUUUCAAAGAGCUGAAGAUGGAGCGCGAAAAUGCAUUGUAGCAACCAACAUUGCCGAGACAUCUCUAACUGUUGAUGGUAUAUUUUAUGUUAUUGACACUGGAUACAGUAAAAUGAAGGUCUACAAUCCAAAGAUGGGUAUGGAUGCUCUUCAAGUUUUUCCAGUGAGUCGUGCUGCGGCUGACCAGCGUGCUGGACGUGCUGGUAGAACUGGUCCUGGCACUUGCUACCGACUUUAUACAGAAAGUGCAUAUCUGAAUGAGAUGCUUCAUAGUCCUGUACCUGAGAUUCAGAGGACAAAUCUUGGAAAUGUAGUUUUGCUUUUGAAAUCUCUUAAAAUUGAGAACUUGCUAGACUUCGAAUUCAUGGACCCGCCUCCACAAGAGAACAUCCUCAACUCCAUGUACCAGUUGUGGGUGCUAGGUGCCCUUAACAAUGUUGGGAGCCUGACAGAACUUGGUUGGAAAAUGGUGGAAUUUCCAUUAGACCCGCCACUGGCAAAGAUGCUACUGAUGGGUGAAAAGCUGGAAUGCCUUGAUGAGGUGCUAACUAUUGUUUCCAUGCUUUCAGUACCUAAAGUAUUUUUCCGUCCUAAAGACAGGGAAGAGGAGAGUGAUGCAGCUAGGGAAAAGUUCUUUGUGCCUGAAUCAGAUCACUUGACACUUCUCAAUGUGUACCAGCAAUGGAAAAGCAAUGACUAUCGAGGAGAUUGGUGCAAUGAUCAUUUUCUGCAGGUUAAAGCUUUACGCAAGGCUAGGGAGGUUAGAUCACAACUUAUGGAUAUACUGAAACAACUGAAGAUAACCCUUACAUCAUCUCCUGACUGGGAUGUAGUUAGACAAGCCAUAUGUUCUGCGUAUUUCCAGAACUCUGCAAAGCAGAAGGGGAUUGGUGAGUAUGUUAAUACAAGGAAUGGCAUACCAUGCCAUCUACAUCCAACCAGUGCUCUUUAUGGAUUGGGGUUCACGCCAGAGUAUGUUGUUUAUCAUGAGCUGCUUUUGACCUCAAAAGAGUACAUGCAGUGUGUCACUGCUGUGGAGCCGCAAUGGUUAUCAGAAUUAGGGCCGAUGUUCUUCUCAGUUAAAGAGUCAGAUACAUCAUUGUUGGAGCAUAAGAAGAAACAGAAGGAAGAGAAGACAGCUAUGGAGGAAGAAAUGGAGAGUUUGAGAAAAGAACAAGAAUAUGCAGAGAAAAAAAGGAAGGAUAAAGAGAGGGAAAAACGUGAUAAAGAAAACCAAAAAAUUGCUAUGCCAGGGUCACGACGAGCUACCACAUACCUGAGACCCAAAAAGAUGGGUUUGUAAAAUGUAUAACUUGUUGCCAUAUACAAUGUAAAGAUAUAUAGUGAUUAGUCAAUUAGAGGCGAAUGUCAUUCUGUUUUGUUAGGAAUGGCAUUUUGAGUAUCAAUUUUUAAAUUAAUGUAGCAUUCGUCA